UUUUACUACCAUCAUCUACCCAAACGCUACACAUCAUACCUCUGGUUGUCGCACAUCAUACGCCAAAAAAUUGACUCCUUUCUCUUCUCAAUAUUUCAUGGAAUUUGAAGCGAUCGAUGGCUUCCCAGGGGUUGUAGGAAGGCGGCGUGACUUCAAGCCUGGCGACGAAAAGGAGAGCAGUCUCGUUGUUUCUUUCACGGAGUACAGAGGCGAAGAGCAACCUUGUAACUCUCUCGGAACCCCUGGCGAUAUCUACGUUGACAAGAUUGGAUUCACCCUCUACGCAUGUUACGAUUUUGCCGGUUUCAAGGAACGUUGGUAUCCAUGGUGUACCACCAAGUUUGACGGGGCAAGCAUUCUUGAACAUCCAGAACAUCGUGAUUCAAUUCUGUGGGUUCAUGGAGAAGCGAGUUGGUGGAGAAGAAGGAGAUUGGAGAAUCGUUUUCGGAAUACGAGAAUUUUGAAAACUCCGAAAGAUUUUGUCAGAGAUCUGGUCCAAAAGUCAAAACCGAAGCGAAAACCAGUGAAAGACCUAAUCGAUACCGAUAACGACAGUGUAUCAUACUCGGGCAGCCGAACUGCACCAGUUACUGCACCUCCAGCUAUUGGCCGCCGUUUCAAUCGAUCGUCCGUGCAGCUACCCACCUCAGCCAUUGCUUCCAAUCCCAUACCCAAACCAUGUUCCAAGCUUUCUCCGCCACCAACACAGCUCGCUGUACCUCCAUCUCAGCCAAUAGAGCCGCUCGUAGGCUUAGACUGGAUUUUUGGUGGCGAGAACGCAGACAGUUCGCGGCGUCUACAUGAAGAGAACGAGGCCCUGCAACGGAAGCUGAGAGAGAUGGAAGAAGAAAACGUUCGCUUGCGCAGUGUCAACGCAGCACCGAGCCAGCCCACUAUCCGCACUAACGAGAGCGGGAGCAUGGCAUUCCCAUCACCACCUCCCUCCGCACAUCCUGGGAUUUCACAUUCACGUUCCAUUUCCGUCGCAUAUUCCCCAGCUCCUUGUGCCGAAUCUCCCACUCUUCGAAUCCGAACGGCGUCUCAAAAGAGAAAACGGUCCCCAUCGCCACCUAUAACCGCUCCAACGCCACGUCCUGUACCUCGAUUGCCUUCACCGUCUACUGAGCUACCACGCUCUCCAACACCUCCACCUUUCCCUCCCCCCGAAUGCCCUGCAUCACCAAUGGCGCUGGCGUUGGGUCCACCACUCGACAGGAUAUUCACACCUUCCCCACCUCCAUGUCCUCCUUCGCCUAAAGCUUACAGAACCCCUUUCGAAAUCGAAAAGACGACGGUACCUUCUCCCACUCCACCACCUACUACGCCGUGUCCACCGUCACCCAUUAUCGAAAACUCAUGUGCAGCUUCACCGACGCCGACACCUGCACCUGCACCUGCGUUGAAGAAGCGUCGUAUUACGCGGUCAAGUGGAGCGGAAGUAGCUAAAGCAGCCCCCAUGCCAGCAGUAGUAGCGGCUUGUGGGGAUCCGAACUCGGCUGGUGAACCCGCUCUACCGGUAGAGUCGGUUUCAUCUGCACGAGCUUCGCGUCUAUUGACUUCGGCACCGGCAUCGCUUUCUACUGUCAAGUCAAAGGGGAAGCAGCAAGAGAGGGAGAAGGUGGCCAAGGCGCCGCUUCCGCCAGCACGACCACCUACCGGUUCGACGUCUGCUCACCAAUACCAACGCAAGCCUACCCUUUAUCCAAAAUCCAAACCCAGUAAUUCAGCUUCUACUUCCACUUCGCAACCAGUCGAAGUCAAGGUUAAGGAAGAACACGCUCCCACUCAGCCUUUGUUACUGCAAUCGUCAGCACCGGGAUCGGGUACGGUGGACAAAGUUAUCGAUCUGACGAUGGACUCUGAUUGCGAAGAGAGCACGACUAAAGUCGAUGCGAAAAGAUCGAAACUUGGACGGAAACCGAAAGCGGUCGAGGUUGUUAUAAUCGAGGAUACGGAUGACGAGAUUCAAGAGAUCAAGCCGGAUGCGAAUGCGAAUUUAAGUGCGAGUGCGAACCCGAAGGAGAAGGCGGAGCCCAUCGGGAAUAUCUCAAGGCAUGUCAGUGUCCAUGACCAUCCGGAGCCGGAGGAAGAGCCAGGGAUGGAUAUGGCCGUCGAUGAUUCCGCUGGCGGAGGUGUCGAGGUGAAAAAGGAACUAUCCGAAACCGAGAGGUUCCCUCUUUCUCAUUACCCACCUGAGAAUGUACGACCUCUUUUGGUUAAGUUGAUGUUCACGGAGUUCAAAGGAAGGAUACGGUGUAUAAUUUGCUUGGCGAAGAAAGAAGUCAACAAGAGGGAUUGGUUGGGAAGAUGCGUUCUUGCGAAAUUGCACCAUUACGAACAGGAACAUGCUGAUCGAUAUAAUGCACUUGCGAAUGAGACGGAGGAGAUGUUGAAGAACAGGUUGAUGAGGCUGGCCCAGAGACUCCGUGUUGCGGCGUAAACCAAUGCGGUUCGCUUCCUUCACUCCUCUUUUUACUUUUUUUUUUUUUACACGCUUUUCUCUUCCUUGUACUUACGUCGUUUUCGCUUCCUGAUACUUACCCCCGACACAUAUGUUUUUUGAUUAUUUGCUAUUGCUUCAGCUACAUGCCUGGCUCUCCUUUUGUUUUUGUUUUCUUUCGAGUCCGAAACCAUAUUUAUUUCAGUGUACUUUCGAAAUGUACUUUCGAAAUUUACUUUACAAGAUGUGUUAUACCUUGCUGAUAAUUACUACACCAGUACUUUACUUUUUACUUCACGAUUCCUUCGUAUGUACUUACCUCAAAAUCCUCCGAAUUUUGGGAGUACUCAUCAAUGC